GUGCACGCGCCCCAGAGGCCGAGCGGGCGGCCCAGAUCCUGUUCGGCAACAUAACGGCUUGGGGGCCACAGGCCGCCAAUUUCUGUCGCAACGCAGGCCUCAAGUACCACCUCAUAGCGCUGGCGGAGACCCACGUCGACGCGUGCGGCAUCACCGAGCAGAUUGGAAAGCUCGCCAUGGACGGCUGGAAGCUGUCGGCCACGCCCGCGUGGGACGUGGCGGCGACCACGUUCGAGGGCUACAGGGGGUACUACGUCAAGCGCUACAAGAGGCAGCCGUUCGUGGGCUUCACGCCGACAGCCCUCCAUUCCAAGAGCGGCAACAUAGUCAUCAUAGCGGCGUACUUGCGCCCUGGCCUACGGGACCAAGGCGCGAACAGGGACAUCCUGGUCUCCAUCUCCACGUUUGUGGACAUGCUCAUGGACCCGUGGAUCAUCCUGGCCGACUGGAACUACGAGCCGCACUGGUGGGACAACAAACCGUGGCUCACGCGAUGGAACGGCAUUAUCCUCACCGACCCGAGCUGCGAGGCGACGUGCGACAAGGGCUCGGGCGCCGCGUGCGACUACGCGAUCGCACGAGCGGACAUCGCCACGCACGCCGGGAUCGAGGCCAUCUACGACGUCCCCUGGAAGACCCACUGCGGCAUCCAGAUCACGGUGGGCACCGCCGAGCCGUGGCAGUACAAAGCUAUAAAGGCGUUGCGAACCAGGAGGGACAGGCUACCAGAGCACGUGCGCGACGAGUUCGACGCCCUCUACUUCGACCGCGAGACGGCCAAGGAAGACCCCACCCCCUUCGUGAUCCCACAGCACUACUGGGACGCCGCUGCCGACGAGGUCAGCAACUUCCCGAAGUUCGGUGGCGCUAAGGUCGGCACCAAGGAGGGCAGGGGACACAUCUUCCACAACCAUGCGCCGAACCUCGCGGAGAACAUCAGCUCGAAGUACGCGCAGUGGGUCGCGACCCUGGAGCUCGCCUUCCUGGAGACGCACGCGGUCCCCGUCGAGGGCAGGGCCAAGUACCAGGGCAGGGCGGAGGGGUACAGGACCACCAAGCAGACGAUGGAGGCGUCGCCUGGCAGAGCGUACCUCAAGGACCUUGAGGCUACAUGGUGGCAGCACCUCAGUACCCUCGUGGCGAGGUGCUCUGCGCUGGCCACCAACGGCAAGGACCCCAAAGCCCGCCAGCACAUCCACAAGACAGUCAUGAAGAAGCUGGAAGACCUGGAGAACCCUGAGUUAUCCAAGGAGCUCUUCGGCAGCAAGACCGACCCCCAGGAGAUCGAAGAGUGGAAGACCCAGCUGGUAAACCUCGAAUACUGCGACGCGGCGGACCUGCACCACGUCAGCGCCACCACCAUCGAGUGGACCCACAAAGCCAUGGCGAGAGCGGCAGGCAGAGCGCGGAAACGCUACCUCGACUGGGCGAAACAGGCGUGGAAGGACGCACCAGGAAAGCUGCACCGCAUCGUCACCGACCCCAAGGCGCCGCGCCUGGAGGACAAGCAGCCUCAGAGAACGGUGGGCGACCCGUCCACGCUCAUGAACCACUCUGCCGACACCUGGCGCUCCAUCUGGGCGUCCGACAGCUACAACGUCAAGCAGAUCAUCAGCGCGUACGAGAAGGCCAUGCGGCUCGCAAAGGAGGACCCCCUCCCGCUAAUCGAGCCGCAGCACAUACAGGCCAUUGCGCGCACCGCCAACCCGAAGAAG